UGCACCGGGGUGUAGUUAGUGAGCUUUGCGAUUGCCUCAGCUAGUGUGAACUGUGUGCUUUGGUGUCUUGAGAGGAUAGGUUUCCACGAGUAGGAGGGAAAAGUUGGACCCACAUCUCUGAGGGAAUUCAUUGGGGUCACUGUACUGGAUCUUCAGUCGUUUGGGCGGCGCCAUGGCGGAAAGAAAAGGAACAGCCAAAGUAGACUUCUUGAAGAAGAUUGAGAAGGAAGUCCAGCAGAAAUGGGAAGCUGAGAAAGUGUUUGAAGUCAACGCAUCUCAGUCGCAGUCCAGCAAGGGCAAAUACUUUGUCACGUUCCCGUAUCCAUACAUGAAUGGACGCCUUCAUUUGGGACACACGUUUUCCUUAUCCAAGUGUGAGUUUGCAGUAGGAUACCAGCGAUUAAAAGGAAAAUGCUGUCUGUUUCCCUUUGGGUUGCACUGUACCGGCAUGCCUAUUAAGGCAUGUGCUGACAAGCUGAAAAGAGAAAUCGAGCUGUAUGGCUGCCCUCCCGAUUUUCCAGAGGAAGAAGAGGAAGAGGAAGAAAGCAGUGCUAAACCUGGAGAUAUAGUAGUGAAGGAUAAAGCCAAAGGGAAGAAGAGUAAAGCCGCUGCCAAAGCGGGAUCUUCUAAGUACCAGUGGGACAUUAUGAAAUCCCUCGGGCUCUCCGAUGAAGACAUAGUGAAGUUUGCUGAAGCAGAACAUUGGCUUGAUUAUUUCCCACCACUGGCUGUUCAGGAUCUGAAGAAAAUAGGUGUGAAGGUAGACUGGCGGCGUUCCUUCAUUACCACAGAUGUGAACCCUUACUAUGAUUCUUUUGUCAGGUGGCAGUUUUUAACUUUAAGAGAAAGAAAUAAAAUUAAAUUUGGGAAGCGGUACACCAUCUAUUCCCCAAAAGAUGGACAGCCUUGCAUGGAUCACGACAGACAAACCGGAGAGGGUGUUGGACCUCAGGAAUAUACGCUGAUCAAACUGAAGGUGCUUGAACCAUACCCAUCAAAAUUAAGUGGCCUGAAAGGGAAAAAUAUCUUCCUAGUAGCUGCUACACUUAGACCUGAGACUAUGUUUGGGCAGACAAAUUGUUGGGUUCGGCCUGAUAUGAAAUACAUUGGGUUUGAGACAGCCAACGGAGAUAUAUUCAUCUGUACCCAGAGAGCAGCCAGGAACAUGUCAUACCAAGGCUUCACCAAGCACAAUGGAGUGGUGCCUGUUGUGAAGGAGUUAAUGGGAGAGGAAAUCCUUGGGGCUUCACUUUCUGCACCUCUGACCUGCUAUAAGGUGAUUUAUGUUCUUCCUAUGCUGACCAUCAAGGAGGAUAAAGGCACUGGGGUGGUCACAAGCGUUCCUUCUGAUUCCCCGGAUGAUUUUGCGGCACUCAGAGACCUGAAGAAAAAGCAAGCCUUACGAACAAAGUAUGGGAUUAGAGAUGACAUGGUCCUGCCGUUUGAGCCGGUGCCAGUCCUUGAAAUCCCAGGGAUUGGAAAUCUCUCUGCUGUGAUCCUUUGUGAUGAGCUGAAAAUUCAGAGCCAGAAUGACCGUGAAAAACUUGCAGAAGCAAAGGAGAGAUUGUAUCUAAGAGGAUUUUAUGAUGGUGUGAUGCUAGUGGAUGGGUUUAAAGGACAGAAGAUCCAACAUGUAAAGAAGACUAUUCAGAAAAACAUGAUUGAUGCUGGAGAUGCUCUUAUCUACAUGGAGCCAGAGAAACAAGUGAUGUCGAGGUCUGCAGACGAGUGUGUCGUGGCCCUGUGUGACCAGUGGUACUUGGAUUAUGGAGAUGAGAACUGGAAGAAGCAGACAUUUCAGUGCCUGAAGAACAUGGAAACAUUCUGCGAGGAGAGCAGGAAGAACUUUGAAGCUUCCUUAGAUUGGCUACAAGAACAUGCUUGCUCAAGAACUUACGGUUUAGGCACUCGUCUGCCUUGGGAUGAGCAGUGGUUGAUUGAAUCUCUCUCAGAUUCCACUAUUUACAUGGCAUUCUACACAGUUGCACACCUGCUGCAGGGGAAUGACCUGCAUGGGCAGGCGGAGUCUCCACUGGGCAUCAGACCCCAGCAGAUGACGAGGGACGUUUGGGAUUACGUGUUCUUCAAGGAUGCUCCAUUUCCUAAGACUCAGAUCCCAAAGGAAAAGCUGGAUCAGUUGAAGCAGGAAUUUGAGUUUUGGUAUCCAGUGGACCUUCGAGCCUCUGGCAAGGAUCUGAUUCCAAAUCAUCUUUCAUAUUACAUUUACAAUCAUGUAGCCAUGUGGCCAGAACAAAGUGACAAGUGGCCUGUGUCUGUUCGAGCAAAUGGACAUCUGCUGCUCAACUCGGAGAAGAUGUCAAAAUCUACGGGCAACUUUCUCACUUUGAGCCAAGCUGUUGACAAAUUUUCAGCUGAUGGAAUGCGCUUGGCUCUGGCUGAUGCUGGCGACACUGUUGAAGAUGCUAACUUUGUGGAAGCCAUGGCAGAUGCAGGCAUCCUCCGUCUGUACACAUGGGUAGAGUGGGUCAAAGAAAUGCUGGCCAACUGCAGCAGCCUCAGAGGCGGACCUGCCGACUCAUUCAAUGAUCGUGUGUUUGCCAGUGAAAUGAAUGCAGGAAUUAUAAAAACAGAUCAAAACUAUGAAAAGAUGAUGUUUAAAGAAGCUUUGAAAACAGGUUUUUUUGAGUUUCAGGCUGCGAAAGACAAAUACCGUGAACUGGCCACAGAGGGGAUGCACAGAGAGCUUGUGUUCCGCUUUAUUGAAGUUCAGACAGUCCUUCUGAGUCCAUUCUGUCCACAUUUGUGUGAGCACAUCUGGACACUGCUGGGAAAGCCUGAUUCAAUUAUGCAUGCCUCAUGGCCUGUGGCAGGUCCCGUGGAUGAGUCCUUGAUUCGUUCCUCACAGUAUCUCAUGGAAGUAGCUCAUGACCUUAGAUUACGGCUCAAGAAUUACAUGAUGCCAGCCAAAGGGAAGAAGACUGACAAGCAGCCAGCUCAGAGGCCCUCACACUGCACCAUCUAUGUAGCAAAGAACUACCCUGCCUGGCAGCACAUUACCUUGGCAACCCUACGGAGCCACUUUGAGGCCAACAAUGGAAAAUUGCCUGAUAACAAAGUCAUUGCUUGUGAACUAGGCAAUCUGCCAGAAUUGAAGAAAUAUAUGAAGAAAGUUAUGCCAUUUGUUGCCAUGAUCAAGGAAAACAUGGAGAAGAAAGGGCCAAGAGUCUUGGAUUUGGAGUUGGAAUUUGAUGAGCAGGCCGUACUUAUGGAGAAUAUCGUCUACCUCACCAAUUCUCUUGAGCUGGAACAUAUAGAAGUCAAGUUUGCCUCUGAAGCUGAAGAUAAAGUCAGGGAAGAGUGCUGUCCUGGGAAGCCACUUAAUGUUUUCAGAACAGAACCUGGUGUGCCAGUUUCCCUAGUAAAUCCUCAGCCAUCCAGUGGGCACUUCUCAACCAAAAUCGAAAUCAGGCAAGGAGAUAGCUGUGAGUCCAUAAUCAGACGCUUGACGAAAACGGAUCGAGGAAUCAAAGAUCUGUCCAAAGUGAAACUGAUGAGGUUUGAUGAUCCUUUGUUGGGGCCCCGAAGAGUUCCAGCCCUGGGGAAAGAGCACAGUGAGAAGACACUCAUUUCUGAGAACGCCGUUUUCCACGUGGACCUAGUGAGCAAGAAAGUUCACCUUACUGAGAAUGGGCUGCGCACGGACAUCGGAGACACGAUGGUCUACCUGGUUCACUGAUUGGAGAGUCAGGAUGGUUUUAAGACACUUCUGCUCUGAGAAUCUCAAGCUAGAUCUAAAUCGACUUCAUUUCUAACUGCUGGGUUCUGUAUGUAAUCAUAAUUAUCCCAAUUCUUUGGUUUCUAAUCUAAUAAAUUUGUGUCUUUUCA